CAGCUGUGACAUAUACGAUCAAGAUGGAGAAUCAGGAACCACAGAUCGCGCACAUGUCCGCGGCUCAACCGAAGAUGCCGGCAUCGUCAAGUCGUAUUCUUUACGAUAUCCCGUGUAAAGUGUGCCGGGACCAUUCCUCCGGCAAGCACUACGGGAUAUUCGCGUGCGACGGGUGCGCGGGUUUCUUCAAGAGAUCGAUACGAAGGAAUCGUCAAUACGUCUGCAAGGCGAAAUCCAAAGGAGGUUGCAUGGUGGACAAGACGCACCGGAACCAAUGUAGAGCGUGUCGUUUGGCCAAGUGCAUUCAGGCCGGCAUGAACAAGGAUGCUGUGCAACACGAACGAGGCCCACGAAACUCGACUCUACGGAGGCAGAUGGCCUUGUACUUUAAAGAACCCGAAAUGAUGGCUAACAUGAUGCCCCCACCAGGAGGAGCAGCUUUGGAUCUCGCUCUGCCCAAACCACCGACCGAACCUCGUGUCUCCGUGGCAGCGCCGGCCCCUCAUCAUCCCCUUCCGCACCCCAUUUACUGCAACAGCAUGGUCAUGCCCAAAAUUCCAGUGAAUAUGGCAGGCCUCACGUCUCUGUCGCUGAUCCCGGCGAUAACGGCCGAGUCGAUCUGCGAGCAAGCAGCCAGGCUACUGUUCCUCAACGUUCACUGGGCGAAAGACCUAACCGCGGGGACGAACCUGGUCAUCGAGGAUCAACUGACCCUGCUAGAGUCCUCGUGGAGAGAGCUGUUCCUCCUGGCGGCCGCGCAGAUCUUGCCAACGUUGGAUCCGACCGCCCUUCUGCCGCCGGGUCCUCAGGGUCUCGGUCUGGCGGUCGAAGUAAACAGAUUCAGGGAGACGCUGGCCGGCUUUCACGCGAUGAGCCUCGAUCAGCACGAGUUCGCGUGCAUCAGAGCGAUCGUGCUGUUCAAGGCUGGCUUGGACAGCGACCCGUUGCCAAGCAGCGCAAGCAGCAACGGGUCUGCGUCUCCCAGUACCGGAAGUCGGCUCAGGGACCCGGCUGUGGUGGCCAGGCUGAGAGACGGGGCGCAGCUCACACUUGGCGAGAAACUGAGCGCCACGUCGUUUGGCGCACUCAGGUUCGGCAAGUUGCUCCUUUUAUUACCCACGUUGCGCUCCGUUUCCGCUCACGCGAUCGAGGAGCUGUUCUUCAGGAGGACCAUCGGCGUCAUCCCGAUCGAGAAGAUCAUCUGCGACAUGUACAAGUCCGCUUGA